ACAUAACAAAAAGAUAAAUAAUUUUCCAAUUAUAUUUGUACACGUACGAGUGAUAAAUCUUAUACAUUGAUACAGUUUAUCUAAAGAAGUCAGACCAGACGAAACGCAAAAUGGCUGAUCAGGAAGACUUAGAACAAGCACAGGACCCAGGAAUGUCCAUCAGCAAAAUGAUUGGCGAUAAGCUAACAGAAUCGAUUCAAAACAUGGACGUAUUUAGCACGCUACAAAAAAUGGUCUCAAUGGAGCCUGGCGAUCAAGAAUCAGAAGGCAUACAGAAUAAAUUAAAAGGAGUUCUGGAGAAGUUUAGAGAUAUGAAUCCGGAAGAGAAAAGAGAGUUUGCUAAGCAGAUAAAAGAGGGUCUUGCGAGCAAAUUGAACAUGAGGUUGAAGGAUAACGCCAUGUUGGCUGGUGUUGAAGAUGCUAUCCGAAGUGCAGUGAUGACAAAGCUCUAUAUGGUAGCUGCUGCAGUGCUUAUCUUCGUGCUAGUUCUAGUAUUCUUCGGCUACAAACUAUACAAAUCUAUAAAGGAGAAGGAGAAGAAGCGAGAAGAGAAGAAGAAAGCGAAGCAAAUGAAGAAAAAGAAGUGAUUUUGACACACAAACGGAGUGAGGCUUUCUAAGCGUUGUGUUAGGAAAAUUAUGUAAAAACUCUUAAUUUAUUAAUAUUCUAUAACAUCAUCACGCCUUUUAUCCCCGAAGGGGUAGGCAGAGGUGCACAUUACACUUAAUGCCACAGUACAAUGUAACACCCACUUAUCACUAUUUAUGUUAUGAGUCCCAAGUAAUAGGGGGUGAGCCUAUUGCCAUAUACCGGGCGCAAUCUAGGUCUCGGGUUCGAUUCCCGGGUCGGGCAAAGUGUUACUGGGUUUUUAAAAAUUCUCAGUAGUAGCACGGAGUCUGGAAUACGGUAUUUCACAACUAGCCAAAUUCAAUACU